GAACCAGAUGAUCUUAUAGCUUUAUGCCAGUAUGUACAGGCCUCUAAAACCCGAGAAGGUGCCAGCCGUUUCAUUUCAAGUGCAACAGAAGGGGAAAACUUUGAACAGACUCCAUUAAGACGUACAUUUAAAUCCAAGGUUCUUGCUCGCUAUCCUGAGAAUGUUGAAUGGAACCCUUUUGACCAGGAUGCAGUGGGAAUGCUGUGUAUGCCUAAAGGGCUUGCUUUCAAGACACAAGCAGAUUCCAGAGAACCUCAGUUCCACUCUUUUAUUAUUACUCGUGAAGAUGGCUCACGGACAUUUGGAUUUUCUCUCACCUUUUUUGAAGAAGUUACUAGCAAACAGAUCUGCAGUGCAAUGCAGACGCUGUAUCAUAUGCACAAUGCCGAGUAUGACAUACUUCAUACUCCACCCACAAAUGACAAAGAUAGCUGUAGCAGCACUGGAGACUGCAAUGGCACUUCUAUUUCAAAGCUACAGCGUUUUAACUCCUAUGACAUCAGCAGAGACACACUCUAUGUCUCAAAGUGCAUCUGUCUGAUUACUCCAAUGUCUUUCAUGAAAGCUUGUAAGAAAGUACUAGAACAACUUCACCGAGCAGUGACUUCACCUCAGCCACCACCUUUACCUUUAGAAAGCUACAUCUACAAUAUUCUCUAUGAGGUUCCUCUUCCUCCAGCAGGAAGGUCGUUAAAAUUUUCAGGUGUUUAUGGACCAAUUAUCUGCCAGCGGCCAAGCACCAGUGAACUACCAUUGUUUGAUUUUCCAGUUAAAGAAGUUUUUGAAUUGCUUGGAGUAGAAAAUGUGGUUCAACUCUUCACCUGUGCCCUCUUGGAAUUUCAGAUACUGCUUUAUUCACAACAUUAUCAGAGACUGAUGACUGUGGCAGAGACCAUCACAGCACUAAUGUUUCCAUUUCAGUGGCAGCAUGUGUAUGUUCCUAUCCUUCCAGCAUCCCUCCUUCAUUUUCUAGAUGCUCCUGUCCCUUACCUCAUGGGCUUGCACUCUAAUGGGCUGGAUGACCGGUCUAAACUGGAACUUCCUCAGGAGGCUAACCUGUGCUUUGUGGAUGUAGACAACCAUUUCAUCGAACUGCCAGAAGACUUACCCCAGUUCCCAAACAAACUGGAGUUUGUUCAGGAAAUUUCGGAGAUACUAAUGGCUUUUGGAAUUCCACCUGAGGGAAACCUUCACUGCAGUGAAAGUGCCUCCAAGAUGAAGAGCCUCAGAACAUGUGACCUGGUUUCUGAUAAAAGAAAUGGGAACAUAGCAGGAUCACCUUUGAAUACCUGUGAGCUGCUAAAGGAAAAUGAGACUAUUGCAAGACUCCAAGCGCUUGUUAAAAGAACAGGUGUGAGUCUAGAAAAGUUGGAGGUAAGAGAGGAGACCAGUAGCAACAAGGAUAUUAAAAUUCAGUGUGAUGAAGAAGAAUUCAAGAUUUACCAGUUGAACAUUAAAAUCCGUGAAGUUUUUGCCAACCGCUUUACACAAAUGUUUGCAGAUUAUGAAGUAUUUGUCAUUCAACCCAGUCAGGACAAGGAAUCUUGGUUUACAAACAGGGAACAGAUGCAAAACUUUGAUAAAGCAUCCUUCUUGUCGGACCAGCCUGAACCUUACUUGCCUUUCCUCUCAAGAUUCCUGGAGACCCAAAUGUUUGCAUCUUUUAUUGACAAUAAGAUUAUGUGCCAUGAUGAAGAUGAUAAAGACCCUGUUAUGAGAGUUUUUGAUUCUAGAGUGGAUAAAAUUAGGCUGCUAAGUGUUAGGACACCAACUCUGCGCACAUCUAUGUAUCAGAAGUGCACAACCAUUGAUGAGGCUGAGAAGUCUAUUGAAUUGAGGCUAGCAAAAAUAGAUCACACUGCAGUCCACCCACACUUGCUGGACAUGAAAAUUGGACAAGGGAAAUAUGAGCUUGGAUUUUUUCCCAGGCUUCAGUCUGAUGUUUUAUCCACUGGACCAGCAAGCAACAAGUGGACAAAGAGAAAUGCUCCUGCACAGUGGAGGCGGAAGGACAGACAGAAGCAGCACACAGAGCACCUGCGUCUUGACAAUGAUCAGAGAGAGAAGUAUAUCCAAGAAGCCAGGAGUCUGGGCAGCACUAUUCGGCAGCCCAAACUGUCUAACCUCUCUCCAUCGGUAAUUGCACAAACAAACUGGAAAUGCCGAAAUAAGACCAAGAGGAUGUUGGUUGAAAAAAUGGGUCGGGAAGCUGUGGAGCUAGGUCAUGGUGAAGUGAAUAUCACAGGUGUGGAAGAGAAUACCCUGAUAGCCAGUCUGUGUGACCUCUUAGAAAGGAUAUGGAGCCAUGGUCUGCAAGUCAAACAGGGAAAGUCUGCUUUGUGGUCUCAUCUGUUGCAUUACCUAGAAAACAGACAGAGAAAAACUACAUCAGGCAGCUUCAGUACCUCUGGAAUACUUCUUGAUUCAGAAAGGAGAAAGUCUGAUACCAGUCCAGCCAUGUCACCGCUUAGAAUCUCUCUCAUCCAGGAUAUGAGGCACAUCCAGAACAUUAGUGAGAUCAAAACAGAUGUUGGCAAGGCCAGAGCCUGGGUUCGUCUCUCUAUGGAAAAGAAGUUGCUCUCUAGGCAUCUAAAACAACUGCUUUCAGAUCAUGAACUCACAAAAAAACUCUACAAGCGUUAUGCAUUCCUCCGCUGUGACGAUGAGAAAGAGCAAUUCUUGUAUCAUCUUCUGUCAUUCAAUGCUGUUGAUUACUUUUGCUUUACCAAUGUUUUCACAACAAUCUUGAUACCAUACCAUAUAUUAAUUGUUCCUAGCAAGAAACUUGGUGGCUCAAUGUUCACAGCCAAUCCUUGGAUCUGUAUCUCGGGAGAACUGGGUGAAACAGGAGUCCUGCAGAUUCCCAGGAAUAUAUUAGAAAUGACUUUUGAGUGCCAGAACCUGGGAAAACUGACCACAGUGCAAAUAGGACAUGAUAAUUCAGGGCUGUAUGCCAAGUGGCUGGUGGAAUAUGUUAUGGUCAGAAACGAAAUAACAGGGCAUACUUACAAGUUUCCCUGUGGAAGGUGGCUUGGAAAAGGAAUGGAUGAUGGCAGCUUGGAGAGGAUCCUAGUGGGAGAGUUGCUGACUUCCCAUACUGAGGUUGAUGAGCGACAGUGCCGAACCCCUCCUUUGCAGCAGUCACCAAGCAUGAUCAGAAGAUUUGUCACUAUAUCGCCAAACAAUAAGCCAAAGUUAAAUACUGGUCAGAUGCAAGAAGCUAUUGGUGAAGCUGUGAAUGGUAUUGUCAAGCAUUUCCACAAGCCAGAAAAGGAGAGAGGCAGUCUGACACUGUUGCUGUGUGGAGAAAGUGGACUAGUUUCAGCUCUUGAGCAAGUGUUUCAGCAUGGAUUUAAAUCACCGAGACUCUUCAAAAACGUCUUUAUUUGGGACUUUUUAGAAAAAGCACAAACGUACUAUGAGACACUUGAGCAGAAUGAAGUGGUCCCGGAAGAGAACUGGCAGACAAGGGCCAGGAAUUUCUGUCGCUUUAUCACUGCUAUCAACAACACCCCUAGAAACAUUGGGAAGGAUGGCAAGUUUCAGAUGCUGGUGUGUCUUGGAGCUAGAGACCACCUUUUGCAUCACUGGAUCGCCCUGCUUGCAGACUGCCCCGUCACAGCACACAUGUAUGAAGACACAGCACUGAUUAAGGAUCAUACUCUUGUGAAUUCCUUGAUUCGAGUGCUGCAGACCUUGCAGGAGUUCAACAUUACGCUGGAGGCAUCUCUUGUCAAAGGAAUCGAUAUUUGACCUCUUGUCCCACAGGAAAAACUAUCUUCUGAAAAAUGAAAAGCAACAAGGAGUGAAUGUCAUUAGUAUGCAAAAUUUCUGUCUGCCAGUACAUUGUAUCAUGAACUUGUUCAUGGCCAUAAAAUGCAACUUUGACUUUGCUUGAAGGAAACUCCAAAAAUAGUACAGGCAAAUGGAUAGAAGCUGUAAACUCAAUGUAAAAAAGAGGACUUUGGUAUAAAUCUAUUUUAGAGUUUAUUUGCUGAUUUGCUUUUUACACACUUUCAUGUGAAAGAGAGAGAUGAGUAUUGUGCAGCUUAUUUUAAAGCUGCAGUAUUUCUUUGCCAUAGAAAAUGUGCAGUGAGCCUUUCAGCAUUCUGUGAACUUGCCUUCAGAUAUGCUGUAUGUCAUAGACCCCAAUGUAUACACUCCAUUUCUGCUGAGAAGGUCAUUCUAUAGUUUUUAAACUAAUAUUUUAUAUAUUAACAUUAUU